CCUCAAUCAAUGACGAUAGUCCGACUCUGUGCAUAGUCAAUAAUAUUAGCAACAGUAUUUUAUCACGUGACCUUGCUUGGUUGAUCCUGAAGUUCAAACCAUUAACAGUCCAUUGUAAAAGAGUGUCGGUAGAUUCAGUUGCUGUUUCAAAAAGGACAUUUUCUUCUUAGACUUUCUUGCUAAAAAAUGGAAAUAUCAUUCCACGGUAAACGAGCUCUAGUCACAGGUGCUAGUCAAGGUAUCGGUCGCGAGAUAGUCAAGCAACUAGCAAAAUGCGGAGCCAAAGUAAUAGCUGUAGCUAGGAAUAAAGACGCGUUAGUGUCCUUGAAAAAUGAAGUUCCUUCAAUUGAAACAAUUGCACUGGAUUUGUCCAACUGGAAUAAAACCAAGACAGGUCUGGCAAAUGUUGGUCCCAUAGAUCUUUUGGUGAACAACGCUGGAUUAGCCAUUUUAGGGCCAUUAACUGAAGUGGAAGAACAAGAUGUUGAUAGGUUAUUCGAUAUAAACGUGAAGGCUCUAAUAAAUGUAACUCAGGUCGUGAUCCAAGACUUGGUGGCAAGGAAUGCCUCAGGGUCUAUAGUCAAUGUGUCAUCUCAAGCAUCUUUAGUAGGUUUGAAUAACCACACCGUUUAUUGUGCUUCAAAAGGUGCAGUGGACGCCUUCACAAGGGCUGCUGCGUUAGAGUAUGGACCUAAAAAUAUCAGGGUCAAUUCUGUCAACCCCACGGUUAUCAUGACUGAUAUGGGAAGAUUGGGAUGGUCGGAUCCCAAAGUUGCAAAUCCGAUGUUGGAGAAGAUUCCACUAAGAAGGUUUCUCCAGGUGAGCCUCUCCGUUUACAUGCCCACAGAGAAAGAAGUCGAGUGGCGUCAGAUCGGGAGAACUCGCUGGCCAAUUGAUCGGCCCGCCACUUCCUAUCCAACUGUUGGGACGCCGUCAUGUUGGUACCUCAAAUUUUUCGUAGUUGUUAAAUUUACUUUCUCUAGUAAAAGAGGUUACCCAAGUUGCUGAAAUAACGUAGUUGUAGACUUGAGAUCUAACAUCUGGGAAUCAACACAACUACUUGGAAUGUAUUACAAUUUCAUCAUGAAUGACUUGAGUUAAGAUGAGUGCGAAAAAAAAAUGUCAUUUUUUUCAUGAACGAUCUGAUUUUAAGUCUAAAUGUGUUUUUUUUUCUUGGGAUCAAUAGCAAUAGCUCGAAAACUAUUUAAAAGGUGAUAUAAGCCUUAUAUAAAAAAGUUCCAAAGGAAAGCUAUUGGAUGAUGUAGAAAUAUAGAAGGCUGAAGUACUUGAACUAUUCGAAAUACUGGUCAGAAUAUUGUGUACCCAGUUGAAAUACCUACUUGCGUAGUAUUCAUGAAUAGGUGUGUAAAGGUGUGCAUGUUGAUUAGCGAAGUCGAAGUAAUCUGACAUUCCCACCCAUUAAAGUAGCCGAACUAUUCGAAGUGCCUAACAAAAUACGUACUUCCUGACUAUAUUCGAGAUACCUGCCAACAGAUACUCUAAUUAUUUGACACGCCAUCACAAGGCACUGCUCGAAGAUUUUUAUUGAAGAUCAGAGUAUGUCCACCCACCUUGCGGCAUUUUGGAAAUAUUUUUAAAUAACAGUGUUUCUUUACUAAAAAAAAGUCAAAACAACUUCAUCGAGUUUUCUUCAUUAUCUAAGAAAAGAAGUAUCAUUGAAAUAUUCAGUUUUUGGAAUUCAUUUUUUUUUCAAAUGUCUAUUAGUGCGAUCAAUGUGAUCCAUUCUGUCGAGUGGUAUUUGGCCCGUUAUUACUUCACAAUACCUAUUUGCUGCCUGAAAUCCAACCCCAUGGUCUUUAAACAGUUGGUUUCAACAAAACGGUUCAACGCUUCUUGCAGCACAGCCCGUGACAUGCGACAAAAAAUCGGCCUUAAGCUAAUUGCUCGUCUCUAACUUCCCGGACUACAUGAAUUUCAAUUUAAUUUCUGUCUUAGAAGCUUGGAAUCUUCCUCAUUUUCUCAUUUGUUUUAUGCGUUGAAUACCAGUAAAUCUUAUAGAUGACACUUGUGAUGUACCAAAUCUUCUCGUGAUACAUUUCGGUGUAUUUUGUCAAAAGAUUAUCCACUUUGCGAAUCAUCGUGCGUCGAAGAUUCUCAUGAUUUGAAAAGGUUUUACUACUCGUACUUAUACACUUGGUCAGCCUAAUAGAGAUUUACCACUAAUGACCUCUUGCAUUAAUUUCAAGGUCUACUGUACAAUUUUACAAUCUCACUGUUGUACUCAUGGAAAUUGUACAAACAAGUUCAAACCAGAAACGUUCUAGUUUUUGUCAACGAUUUUAUGCAGAAAGUGACACAAUCCCUAAUGAAGUCCCAUGCCCCAUUUUGAUCCGUCGCACAGCGGUCUAGAAUACAGAAAAGCAAAAAUGCAAUAUCUACGGCAUUUAUACGAUUUUCAGUACUACACGAUUCUUUGGGUCGCUGAUUUCAAAUCUGGGUUUAGUUUGUCACUAUGAAGGCAUUUGAAGAUCAUUUCAAGGUCAUUUUCAAAAGAAGCCAAGCAGUUGAGCCCAACCGCAUCUCAUUUAGGUUUUUCUGAUCUGACUCAGAGGUCUGUUAGUCACUAUGAGGGCAUCAGAGAUAAGUUUGUUUCAAGAAAGCAUUUUUUAAGGGUAUUGUAAGACCACUCAAAGGAUGAAUUCAAAAAACCUUAACCAUCAUUUCCGACCACCUACAACGAUAUGUCAUCAAUAUAUAAGGUGAUAUUUCUCAAUACUUUGCAAAAGUUAGCAAAAACUGAAAAUAGAUUUUAUCUGACGGUACUUCGCGGUUAGUUUAUUCCAAUUGGGGCAAAGGGCGGAACCUUGUUGAAACCUCUUUGAAUAAUACCAAUACAUAUAAGGAAUUGAAGCUAACAGAGUGCAUAAAAACAACAACAAUGUCAGUUUUCUACUGCAUCAAAUGAAGGUUCAUACACUCUUAAUUAUGAUCCUUGUCAAGAUGUUCAAAUAUUUUCAACACAGCAACGGAUGAUGCUGAACGUCCAAUUUUGCCGUUAGAAGUAGAGUUAAAUGAUACCCCAAAAACUUAAAGUUUAAUAGCCUGCAAUGAUGAAGGUAGUGUAAGUAAAGAUCUGAUACCAUGUCCGACUCAUUAUUUAACGUAUUGACUUUAAAAUGGGAAAUAAUUUUUAUUCAGUUCCAAUACUUUGGGUAUUAGAAUUUUUGCCAAGCUUUCAAAAAAAAAGGCCAUUUUGCGCCGGCUGGUUCCUUCCUGGUGAGUUCAGUCAUUGAAUCUGUUCAUUUUUAUUGACACUUUAUAAGUCUAUUGAAACUAAACAUGGUAACUUUUUCAGGUUUGGAGAAGUACACGAAGUAGUGGAUGCAGUGACAUAUUUGUUGAGUGACAAGGCCAGUAUGAUUACAGGCACUUGUUUACCUAUUGAUGGAGGAUAUGUGGCUUCCUAAUCUACAUUUACUUAUUUCACUUUCUUGAUCUGUACAUGCCAUGUCUUAAAAAACCAGUUCUUCAAUAAAAGCAAUUAAUUUCUUCGA